GGCGACACGUCGUCCCGUCACUCGCUCAGAAGUUGGCACGUCUGCAGGUUCGCGAGGCUGCGGCCACGAGUUUCGCGAGCAGAGCAGCCAACCAGUUCGCAGGCUCAUCAUCUUCGGCGAUGAGGUCCCGCGUUGCCGGAUCCGUCCUUCUCCGCCACCUGGGCCCGCGCGUCUUCGGCGCGGCGGCUGCGCCGAGGCCCCUGCUUGCUGGUGCCGGAGGAGAAGGGGGCGUGUGGGCGCGGCUGCUGGCCACCAACGCCGCCGAGGCGGCGAAGGAGGAGGUGGCUGCGUCCAAGGACAACGUCGCGAGCACCGCCGCCGCGACGGCCGAGGUGAUACAGGCCGCGAAGGAGCGGGAGAAGAGCGGCGUGGUGAGCAGCUACUGGGGCAUCGCCCCGGCCAAGCUGGUGAACAAGGACGGCGCCGAGUGGAAGUGGUCUUGCUUCAGGCCGUGGGAGGCGUAUACGUCGGACACGUCGAUCGACAUCACGAAGCACCACCAGCCCAAGGUGCUGCUCGACAAGAUCGCGUACUGGACCGUCAAGUCGCUGCGCGUGCCCACGGAUAUCUUCUUCCAGAGGAGGUACGGGUGCCGUGCGAUGAUGCUGGAGACGGUGGCGGCGGUGCCGGGUAUGGUGGGCGGGAUGCUGCUGCACCUGCGGUCGCUCCGGCGGUUCGAGCAGAGCGGCGGGUGGAUCCGGGCGCUGCUGGAGGAGGCGGAGAACGAGCGGAUGCACCUGAUGACCUUCAUGGAGGUUGCCGACCCCAAGUGGUACGAGCGCGCGCUGGUGCUGGCCGUGCAGGGCGUCUUCUUCAACGCCUACUUCGUCGGGUACCUCCUGUCCCCCAAGUUCGCGCACCGCGUCGUCGGCUACCUCGAGGAGGAGGCCAUCCACUCCUACACCGAGUUCCUCCGCGACAUCGAGGCCGGCAGGAUCGAGAACGUCCCGGCACCGCGCAUCGCUAUCGACUACUGGCGGCUCCCCGCCGACGCCAGGCUCAAGGACGUGGUCACCGUCGUGCGCGCCGACGAGGCGCACCACCGCGACGUGAACCACUUCGCCGCGGACAUCCAUUUCCAGGGGCUGGAACUCAACAAGACGCCGGCGCCGCUCGGCUAUCACUGAUAAGUUGCCGAGAUCAGUAAGAAACCCAGAAACACGAGUUCAUGAUAAUCUUUGUAACUGUGUCUGGUACUCUGAUAGGUAAGGUUACUACUGAUGCUUGAGAAAUAAAACAAGCCGUCUGUGACGAGAGCUCGAAUAUUUCUCGAGAAAUUAGUGUAUGUCACACUGAAGAUGAACUGAUUUGAUGUACACGGCCCGACUAGGGAGUAUUAUGGUUUGCAGAACA